AUGGCCAGGCCGAACCGGGCCAAGGAGACGGAGGGAUGCCUGGGGCCAGCCACCGCCCUCCUACAUCCUCUUCCACCGACACCCGGCGUCCCUGCCGUCCUCUCCGGAGAAGUUUUCCAAGUUGUCCCGCUGCCGUCCCCGCCCCGCCCGGGACCGGGGGAAAGUUGCGCCCUCCCGCUACGAAGCUGCUGGACGCACGCUGGGACCCGGGACCCGGCAGGCCCGGCGUUGGGGCGGGGGGCGCGCCACCGGUUCUCGGAGGAGGCGCAGCAGCCGAGGCGCCCGUUCCGCUCGCUGGCUCUGGCCGGGAGCCGCGCCUGCAAGCAGCCCGCCGCGGCAGGGGAAUGGGAGGAGAGCGAGCGCGCCGGAGGAGGGAGGAGACUGGAGGCGGGAGUAGGAGGAGGGGAGGGAGGCGGGGCGGGCGGCGGACCACGGGUGGGUGGAAGGUGCGCCUGGCGGGAGGACCGGCCGGCAGCAGCCUGCCCUCCUCGAGGGCCUCCGCCCUGGCGCUCCUACCCCUUUUCCUCCUGGCCUCCGCGCCACGGAAGGCCAGAGAUCCGCGUCUGGGGUCUUCGGGACUCCGGGAAGGACGUUUGCAGAAGUGGAAGGAUGGCUGCCUUGGUUUCCUCCACUAAGGGCAAAGAGUACCCGGCCAAGAUUGCUGAAUGACGAGGGGGAGUGGCAGCCUGGCGUCCACGGAUGACCUCCACAGGAGCCUUUCUGAAGGUAGGGCCAA